AUGAAAAUCAAAGCCUUUAAACCUACGUGUUGUUGGUGGUGGACUGGUCCAUUUUUCCUCUGGCAAGCUGACGAAUGUUGGCCAACUCAGUAUGUAGAUGACGUUCCAGAUAACGAUACGGAACUCCAGACAGAGAAGCGCGUGAUGAUCAUUUCUCCUAGCGCUUCCUUAGAUCAAUUCCUACACCAAUGUUCUUCAUGGCCGCGUCUUCAAAGGCAAAUGGCGUGGUUGUUGCGUUUUAUCCAGCAUCUCAAGAAUCCAGUUAUUCCCUCGGCAAUGCCACCAAUGAUCACCUUUGCAGAGAUGCGAGUUUCAUCUUUGAAGAUAGUCCGCAUUAUACAACGUCAGUACUUCCCAAACGAACUUGAGUUACUUCGAGACGGCAAACAAUUUAUGGCGGACCCCCAAGUGAAAGAUUGAUUCCGCAUGAAGCUCCCUUUACCUAUACUGUACACUGGAAUUGAUUUCUUCGGUCCCUUCCCGGUCAAAAGAGGAUGUUCAACAGAGAAAGUAUACGGAUGUAUUUUCGUUUGUUUCAACAGUCGAGCAAUUCAUAUAGAUGAUGCUAGUUUAUUAGAAGCUGACGUGUUCAUACAAGCGUUAAGAUUUAUCUCCAACCGUGGUUGUCCAAAAAUUAUUUGGAGUGAUAAUGGUACAAACUUCACUGGCGCAGAAAAGGAGCUUCGUCAAUCCAUUAGCAACUGGAAGAAGGAAACAAUCCAGAAUGAGAUGAGAUCGAAAGAAAUUGAGUGGGAGAUUUGUCCAAUUUCCAAAUGGCGUUUUCAACCUCCAGCAGCUAGUCAUAUGAGUGGAGUCUGGGAACGACUCACGCGCAGUGUAAGAAGAUCAAUGAAGGCGUUAAUCGGUCACCCUCAUGCCUUUCUGAGUAAAGAAACAUUGCAUGUGUACUCUUUUUGCUGAAGUGGUUACCAUCCUCAACAGCCGCCCACUCUGCCCUAGCAGUGAAGAUCCGAACGAUUUGGAACUCCUUACGCCAAACCAUUUAUUACUACAACGUCGAAGUCUCGUUAUUCCACCUGGCAUGUUUAUCGAAGAAUAUCUACACUCCCGUAAAAAAUGGAGACGUGCCCAGUUUUUAGCUAACUGUUUUUGGACCAGAUGGAUGAAAGAAUAUUUGCAAAUGCUACAAGAACGCCAGAAAUGGAUUCGGGAAAGAAGAAAUCUGGAAGUCGACGAUCUUGUGUUGGUAGUUGAUAAAAACAUCCCCCGUGGACGUUGGUUACUUGGCCGAUGUAUGAAGGUAUUCCCUGGUCGUGAUGGUCGUGUCAGGACAGCCGAAAUAAAGACAAAGGAAUCCAGUUUGAUUCGCCCGAUCUCAAAAUUAUGUUUGUUGGAAGAAGCUGGAGUGCUGGACAACCAUGAUGUAUCAACUUAUACUGAACUAAUAUUUUACUAAUAUUUUACUUUAAUGAGUGAGUAAUUAAGAUAGUGAGUGACAUAUAAGUCUAAGUUUAAGUUAUUGAACACUGAAUGAACCCUCUUCAUUCAGGGGGCCGAGGAUGUUGUGGCUAAUUCAACAACAAUGACUAUUCUCUUUAGUUAUGCAUGAUAAACACUGAAAUAUUUAAUUAAGUGUAUAAAGCCAACACCCAGACUCAAAGCAAGAAAGUAUUAAGCAUCGUCAAGCGCUGUAAGCCGUAAGGAAACGGUUUUAACAAGCAAAGCAAGUAACUAAGUAAACCAAAGGCAAAGCCACAUUUUCGCACAUUGGUAAGUUUAUCUAUUGCUAUAAUGUACGUGUGUAAAUAUUAUAUUUAUGUGUAAAGACUGUAAGAUAAUUGUAAUGCAUGUUUCCUGUUGGAAUUUUAGGGAAUUUUUCACAGCAACCAUUAAAAGCUCUUUGUGCAGAUAAAUGUAUGUACACUGUAUCUAUUUUUAUGCACUAAUCAAUUUGAAGGUGUGACUUACUGUGACACCCCCCUGCAUGAGCAUGAUGUGAAUCAGAAAUGUCAUAGACUUACAGAACCACUUAACACGAAUCUUACAGAAGCAUGAUAUAAAAGUUGCCCAACAAACCACUUCGAACCCUACAACAGCAUUUUCCCUCCCCGAAGUAUAUAGAGUAACCCCUGAGAAAGGAACCAAUGCUAUCUACCAGAUCCCGUGCGCAGACUGCUCUUGGAAUUACAUCGGAGAGACAGGACGGUCGUUUGAGAUAAGGAAGAAAGAACACAUCAGGAAUACAGAGAGAUUUGAGAAAAAUUCAAAUGUAGCCAAACAUGCUUGGGAUUUGUCACACAAAAUUGAUUUUAAGAGAGGGAAAAUUAUAGAUAAAGAAAAGUAUCAGAUUAGAAAAACAUUAGAAUCUUGGCAUACAGCUGUUAUAGAUGGUGCAGACAAUAUUUCAAGACACUUACCAGAACAAUAUUCUAUUCUUCUAAAGAAACACUAAUUACAUUCCUUGAAUACUUUGAUAUUUUGCAUGCUCGCUAAUUACUUAGCUGCAGUUACGUCAUCGUAUAGACUUUAAUAUAAAUAGGUCACUGUGUUUUAGUUAGUUACCCGUUGAAGGCUAUAGGUCUGAUAGCCGAAAGCUCGUCGAAUAAAAAUAUUUGGUCAGUUUCCAAUUUAAUAUCAAUAAUGUUUAUUGCAAAUGAUCAUCUUCAUUAUCAUUAUCAUUAUCAUGCUAAACAAAGAAAACCCUGGGAACAAGGAUUCAAUAAGGGCAUAUUUAUAUUAUCAAUAACAAAUUCCUCAGAUUCAGUAAAAUGUCCUUAAAUGUAGGGGCAGGACCACUGGACAAGACGUACUGACCUAGAGGUCUUCAGAAUUACAAAAGUUAUAAGUUCUCAAAAUUGUUGUCUCAUUUGGGAAUUGGGAUCUUGAGCAGCAUCGUCAAAAAGAAUUUUGCAUUGCUGGUCUACGAAUAUCUUGAUUAGAAAAUUUUUGCAGUACUGUUCUGAAUGCCUAAGAUUGUAUUUCCUGCGUUUUUGCAUAAAUAGCAGCUAAUUUGACUGAAUUUUUUAAUAUUAUUUCAAUAUUUUCAAAUAUUAGAUAAAAGCUUAAAAUUCCUUAGAAAUUCCUUAAAAAAUUCAUUUCCGUAAAAAUAUCAAUAAAGAGGAUCAAAAUUUCCUCAGUUUAAAGAAAAUUUCCUUAAAAGUGAGAACACUGAUUGCACCCGCUUUACGCAUAUUUAUUUGAUUCACAUACGCCAGACUACGAAUCAAACACACAACAAAUCUCAGCGUGUAAACGUGCCUUUAAACGACCUUCAAUAUCGUUCACGUGAUUUUGCACUGGUAUUCUUGGACAGGACGUGUAUUUUUGCCCAUGCAUCAUGCUGGGAUAUUGCAUGCUUGUGGAUUUUUUUUUUUUUGAGAUGUGAUCUUGUAGUUUAGUGUCAAUAAGUUCAAUAAACUAUCUAUUUAUCUAUUCAUUGCGUCCAAUUUUGUAAAUAAAAACAUUUUACUUCAGAGAGAACAUCAAGUGUAUUAAUAGUUUUCUUCAUUGUUUUAUUUGACAGCCAGUUAAUUUGCAUGAUGCUGACAUCGUUGAACCUUAUUGGACCUGCAGUUUGGAAGAAGGACUGGCUUCGAAGGAACUUUUUACUCCACGUACUAUUGAGAGUAUUAAGAUGUUUGUAAAACGCCUUAGACCAACAAUGUUAAAACGUAAAGCUCGAAGAAUUCACAACACAUUGCUACCAAUCCCUAGCGAGAAUUUUUGUCAGCCUAUUGAGGAUUAUAGAACAUUAAAUGGUGACGGUUUAAUAUCUGUUUGUAUGAGAGUACACGACAAAGCUCGUCGUCAUGAGAUAGCUGUGUAUGAUCAUGCGACGGAAGAAUUAAAACAAUUGGGUUCUAUCCCACGUCAUCAUUUUGAAAUGAGUAUAGAUGCCUCCGUUUUCUGUAUGGAUGACCCCAAGUUUGUCGAAGGCGUGAUUGGUGCAAUGACUCAUGAUGCACAAUUUGUUGCUAUUUUUGCUCACAGUAAAAAUCUACGUGUUGUAAGUGUAUUCAGCAUCCCCAAUACUGUCUGCUUGUUUGAGAAAGAUCUGUCCCAAAGUGAGUUCUUUCAAGAUUGUAAACCCACAGGAGUUGCACUAGUACCCAGUGGUCGCUCGAGAUCUCAAUUUAACAUUGCUGUGCUAAGUUACAACAUGGAAGUGCGUGUUUGGAACACUGGAGAUUGCAUGGGAAGAAUUGUUAAAUUAGGGGCAGAGUCAGAUCCAAGUUUUGGGUUGGGUGUUGCUGUCAUAAAUCACAGAGAGAGUUUCCUAAGAUUCAGUCCAGACGGUCGAUACUUGUGUGUUCUUGCUUAUGUAGAGUCAAUGUGCAUAUGUGUAGUGAUGGAUGCUAUCAGUCUACAAGCUCUAUUUAGAAUGCCAUAUGAUUUCACAUAUGGUCAUUUGUGUUGUAUCUUUCCGUGUUUUACUGCCUGUGGUUCACGUUUCGCCAUGUUUACGCCACAAGAGGAAAAUUAUUAUGAGAUUGAUAAUUACCAACUUCAUUUCUUCGAAAUCCCGCAAACAAUGCAGUGUUUAAAAGAUUUGUGUAGAUUGUCAAUACUCCGGGCUGUGGAUAGAUCAAAUUUGAGCAAACUGCCUGUGCCCCAGGAUUUGAUUUCAUUUCUGGCUGAAAGUGACCGCAACGUACCUGUAUCAGAGAAUUCAGAGAAAAACUGUCAUUUAAUGUAA